UGCUCGCUCGGCCGGCCCUCCGUGCUGCAGCGCCUGCCGCCGCCGUGCCGCCGCCGUGCCGCGGCACCGGGCGCCUCUGCCCAGACUCAUGACGCCGGGGGCUUGGGUUGUGCAUUUUCCCGAGGGGGAUUGCAGCAGCACUCUCUCCUCCUGUAGAGGUCAUCCUGAUGCUGAAAAUACGCGUGAUGAUGGAGGAGGAGGAGGAGGAGGAGGAGGAGGAGGGGACCUGGAGAAAAACAAAAAAAUCGCCAUGGCACCGGCUCCGCGGCCUCGCCGCCGGCGCGGUGCGCGCCCGCCGGGCGCCGUGCUCGCAGUGCCGCCCCAUGGACGGGCGGGCGCCGAGGGCCCCCCCGCGGCGCAGGGGUGGUGCUUUGCCCUCCGCGCGGGGGGGCUGCCCCGCCCUGCCCACGGGCGGCGGCCCCCCCGAGGGGGCCCCGCGCCCGGGGGCACGCCUCCUCGAGGAGGGGCCGGGGGGGGCACACGAGGAAAGGGGCACAGAAAAAGUCACAGGAGUGCCCCCCGCGGCGCAGAGGUAGUGCUUUGCCCUCCGCCGGGAGGCGGUGCCCCGCCCUGCCCCCGCGCGGCGGCCCCCCAAUGGGGGCCCCGCGCCCCGGGGCACGCCUCCUUUGAAGAGGGGCCCCCGGGGGGGCACACGAAGAAAGGGGGCACAGAAAAAGUCACAGGAGUCCCCCCCCUGUGUGCCCUGGUUCUGGGUGUGGGUCUUCCCCCCCC